AUGCCUCAGCUGCAAAGCGCGAGAAAAACCCGAGACGAUAGUGGACGCCAUGGCUCUCCGGCAAAGACGGGCGAGCUCAGUGCUGAAGUGGGUAGCAUCGAUGCGGACUGCCUGCGUAUGCUCGACUGGAUAACUAGGAAUGAUUGGGGCCUUGGCUACUACUACAUAUUGGCCUUCGUCCCUCUAACGUUGGCAGCCUUGUUACUUCUCGUGCACCACUCUCUGUGCUAUAACAACACGACCAUCACUGUGAUAUUUGAAGUGGCCAUUCCCAAGCACGCGCACCUACGGUCGUCCAGUGUCGCCACUGCCAUCAUGUCCUAUACUUCCGAGGGCACCAUCCCGUCUCAUUCCGGUCUCAGCUGCUAUCCAGAAUUUAUCACGCAGUUCUCUAUUCUUCCCGCCAUAUCCUUGGCAAGCAUAUUACUUGCUGUUUUCGCUAUCAUCUACGUUGUCUUCCUGCUACCUUGGGCUGCCCAACCCGGAUGCCGGAUCCCCGCACUCUGGCCACUGCGUUACGGAAGAGUGCCGGCGAGUCCUGUCGUAUUGAAAACAGCUGCCAUCCUCAUCCUCUUGCGUAUCUUCCUCCCUCCGCGACAUCAGUUCUAG